AUGGAGGCGAUCGCCAGUCAGAUGGGAAAUGGGAGAGAUGCAAGCUCCUCCCCAAAUUCAAAGCAAGAGCUGCAACCGUACCAGGGCUCCAAUACCCUCAAGCCCAACCAAGUGGGUGAGACCUCCCUGUACGGCGUGCCCAUCGUGUCCCUGGUCAUCGACGGGCAGGAGCGGCUCUGCCUGGCGCAGAUCUCCAACACGCUGCUCAAGAACUACAGCUACAAUGAGAUCCACAACCGGCGGGUGGCCCUGGGCAUCACCUGCGUGCAGUGCACGCCGGUGCAGCUGGAGAUCCUGCGGCGGGCCGGGGCCAUGCCCAUCUCCUCCCGCCGCUGCGGCAUGAUCACCAAGCGGGAGGCGGAGCGGCUCUGCAAGUCCUUCCUGGGCGAGCACAAGCCGCCCAAGCUGCCCGAGAACUUCGCCUUCGACGUGGUGCACGAGUGCGCCUGGGGAUCCCGGGGCAGCUUCAUCCCGGCCCGCUACAACAGCUCCCGCGCCAAGUGCAUCAAGUGCAGCUACUGCAGCAUGUACUUCUCGCCCAACAAGUUCAUCUUCCACUCGCACCGCACCCCGGACUCCAAGUACACCCAGCCCGACGCGGCCAACUUCAACUCCUGGCGUCGCCACCUCAAGCUCAGCGACAAGACGGCCACGGAGGAGCUGUCGCACACGGGCGAGGCGGGCGCGCAGGAGGGCGGCCAGGCCCCCGACGGCAGCCCCGAGCGGAGCGGCAGCAGCGGCGCCUACGAGGUGUUCGCGCCGGAGAGGGGGGAGCACCUGCAGCCGCUGAAACCCGCAGCGACCCUGGGAGCCCCCGCCGCCUUCCUCUGCACCCCCGAGGCGAAGGAGCAAGAUAAAGAAGACAAUCACUCCGCGGCAGAGGAUUUAGAGACCAGAAAAUCCUAUCAGGACCAAAGGAAUGUCUCUCAUCCCAGCCCUGUAAAUACCGACAGAGGCGAGGAAGGGCUCGCCAUGGAUGUCGCCGGGACGCAGCUGGUGGAGAAGGACAUCGAAAACUUGGCCCGAGACGAGUUACAAAAACUGGUCCUGGAGCAAAUGGAGUUGAGGAAAAAGCUGGAGAGGGACUUCCAGAGCCUGAAAGAUAACUUCCAGGACCAGAUGAAGCGGGAGCUGGCAUACCGGGAAGAGAUGGUGCAGCAGCUCCAGAUCGUCCGAGACACGCUGUGCAACGAGCUGGACCAGGAGAGGAAAGCGCGCUACGCCAUCCAGCAGAAGUUGAAAGAGGCUCACGACGCGCUGCAUCACUUUUCCUGCAAAAUGCUGACCCCGCGGCACUGCACGGGGAACUGCUCCUUCAAGCCGCCGCUGCUGCCCCAGUGA